GAUGGCAAAGUGGGAAAUUAAAGCACGAGUUUAAUAGGCUUGUGGAUAAGCAUAAACCUUGCUUGUAGAGUGUGUUGUUGCAAUGUGGUGUAAGUUUUUGCUAUUUUAUCUCUGUGGUUCCUCAUAUUUUUGGCCUCUAAUGUGACCCAAUAAAACAAAUCAGUUCAGAUGAGAUCCUCCGUCACAAGUUGAGGGCAAAACUGCUGAACGUAAAAAGCAGGAAAGACAGAAAAAUAUCAACCGAACUUAGUACAAGAGUAAAAUGAGCCGCAGUGUUAGUUGUAAAUGUAAUAUAAUAGUUAACCAACUCAUCCACAUCCUCGUUUCUGAUUUAUUUAUCAGUCAUUUAGGUCAUCGCUGACAUACUAACUAGCUUUUCAUUAAAUGUCAGAUAAUUUUCCUGUAGAAAAAAUAUUCAUUGUAAAUAAAUAAAUAAAUAAAAUGCAGCAGAAUAAAAACAACUGCCCUAAUUUAACUAUUAAUUUCUGUUUAAUUUUCUUUUAAUUUUUCAAAGUAACUUCACUAACAUUUCUAAUGUUUUUAUGGAAUUUAUGAUGUUUUUCUCUUACUCAUUUUUUAAAAUAAAUUAUUAAGCCACCUUUAAAUGAAAGAGCAAGGAAUAAAAGAUUGCAGAACAAUGAUGUAAAUAUAUUGUCAUUUAUAAUAAAUAUAGAAAAAUGUACCUUUUGUACAGAAAUGUGAGUAAAGAAAUGUUGAAAACAGAAAUAUUUUUUAAAAAUUACCUGUAAAACCAUGAGAAAAAUUAAUUGUAAAAAAAAAAAAUUACUGGAAUUUUACAGUAAAUUAUUUUCUCGCCUUUAUUUCCAGAUGUUAAACUAACCGCGUUUUCCCUAAUAAACCUCCAGGAGGAGUCUGCCCUCUCUGCCCGGAGGAGGCGGGUCGGUCCCGGUCAUAUGAGCGUCAUCAGCGGCUGCGGGGCCGGAGAGCAGCGGGGACACCGGAGCGCCAUGUCACCGCCUGACAGCAGCACUCUGCCGGGACUAACAGGAGGAGUUUAAUCGCUGGAACCGGGCAGUGACCCACACACCGACAGAUUGCUGACGACAUGAGCAGAGUGCAGAUGUGACGGUUAAAGUUGUUCCUCUAUCGUUGGUGCCUCCAGACCUCCUCAUCAGUCUCUCAGUAACACUCCCCGCAGCCAUGAUGUCCAAGUCAGCCCUCCUGAAGGUGAUCCUGCUGGGCGACGGCGGCGUCGGCAAGUCGUCCCUCAUGAACCGCUACGUCACCAACAAGUUCGACUCCCACCUUUUCCACACCAUCGGCGUGGAGUUCCUCAACAAGGAGCUGGAGGUGGACGGGCAGCGGGUCACCCUGCAGAUCUGGGACACGGCGGGCCAGGAGCGUUUCCGAAGCCUCCGCACGCCGUUUUACCGCGGAUCCGACUGCUGCCUGCUCACCUUCAGCGUAGACGACGGACAGAGCUUCCGUAACCUGGCCAACUGGAAGAAGGAGUUCACCUACUAUGCCGAUGUCAAGGACCCCGACAAGUUCCCCUUUGUGGUGCUGGGCAACAAACUGGAUGUUCCCGAGCGUCAGGUGUCAGGGGAGGAUGCUCGGCAGUGGUGUCGGGAAAACGGCGGCUACCCGUACUUUGAGACCAGCGCCAAGGAUGCUACGAAUGUGGCGUCGGCGUUUGAGGAGGCGGUGCGUCGCAUUCUGGCGGCGGACGACCGAGACGAUCACCUGAUCCACACCAACACGGUGGACAUACAGAAGAAGAGUCAUCCUGAGCACAACUGCUGCUAAACAAUGAUCCAGCAGGAGGUUAAGGACACACCUCUGCAACAGUUGCAUGGCAGUUUGAGGAACUGCUGUUGAUCCUGCAGCUUCUACACAGCACUGCAUGUGAUGUGCUCACUCAGGAUCAGCAUUUUCAAACCAAUCUUUGUAUUUUUCAAACCAAAACUGAUGUAUUUUGACGUGAUCAGGGGACGGAAAACUCCACUGGAUUCCCUUUUACACAGAAAAUUGAUUUAUGAAUGGUAUAGUGUAUUAAGUAUUAUUUCUGCUAUGGUUUUGCAGAUUUUAUAGAUUAUAUGUAGUCGGCGACAAACCUCACCCAACAUUGGAGGAGUUCCUACUACUAGCUACCUGAAAUAAAAAAACAAAACAAAACUCUAUUGUUAAUAUGAGUGCAACUUUAAAGAGUUUUCAGUGAUCUCUGAUGUCUGUAAACUAGGGCUAGACCCGAAUAUUCGGUCGUGACGGUGGUAUCCGAAUAUUUAUUUUGAGAUCCGAGUAUUUGUGUUGCACCCACUCCUGCCCCCGUCGGACGAUUUUGGACGAUUGGUAUUCGACUCGUCAAUUCAUUUGUCCCCUCGUUGGACAUUACGAUCCGAACCGAUCCAUUCUGUUCCUUCGUCUUCGUCUCCGACUGUCCGUCCAUCAGUCCGUCCAUCCCCCCCUGCUUCGUCCACUGUUGGACGUCACGAACGAUUCAGGUACUCGGAGUCCAGAAAUUUCUAUUCGGGCCAGCCCUACUGUAAACACAAGAUUUCUUUCACAGUUGAGAUGUUAAAGACCAAAAACCAGCAUUGACGUCACUGAUGGAGCUGUGGUGACAAGUUUCAGCCACAAAAAGAGAAGUUUGGAGGGUAUUUUUCUACCCUUUGAGACAGAUGCGCAACACUAAGCACUCAGGAGAAACUAUGCAACCAUGUUUACAGCAAGAGUAUUGUAAUUUGCUACUGAUUGUCCUGAAACAGAGCAGGAAACCCAAAACUGAGUGAACACACUGAAGCAGAAAACACUCCCAGAGUCAGAGUUAUUUUCACCUCUUAGGAAAAUGGAAGAACACAAACCAAAUUUAAAGAUGUUUUGUAAUUUAUGAUAAACACAAAAUAAUCAAAAAUGUUCCAUCUGUAUCUCAAACUCUUGAUAUAGAGCAUAGAAUGUAAUUGAAAUUUAUUUAAAAAUGCUUUAUGUUUCAUGUGAAUUCAUGUUUUGGCUGCAUGGUAUUGCCAAAUCAGAUCUUUCUGAUGUAAAAACUGAAGGAUUAGGGAUAAUAGCGAUGCCAAAAAGUCGUUUAGUGUCUCUGAGGAAGAAAGGAAGCGACUCAUAGUUGUUUUUUUUGUAUAACCAGACAGCUGCAGUCAUUCAUUUCCUGUAUUUGCGUAUUUAUUCAUCAGUGGUGGUAACGUUCACAUGAUUCUAAUUCCCCGAGGCCUUUUUUUUUUUUUACACUGGAAAUAAAACGGCAACCAACAAUGAAACCAGAGAAAAAAACGUGA